AUGAAGAAACAACGAGUUCCUCCACGAUUUUCGACACUUCCAGUUGCUUCCGGGCCCCAACAGCUCUCGUCAACCACCCAAAUUGGCAUUCAAGCCACACACGAAUCCUUGUACUUAAAUUCGAGGGUUCCUCACCCCCGCCUCUUUUCCCCCUCUGCUUCUUUGUUUUCGUCUUCAUCUUCAUCUUCAUCUUCAUCGUCAUCGCCAUCGUCAUCGUCAUCGUCAUCGCCGUUGUCGUCAUCAUCUUCUUCUCCAAUCAACAAGUUCAUCACCACUUCCGGUGCCUCGCUGUCUGCGUUCACUCCGUUCAAUUUCCAUCACUUCGACACAAUCCCCCACCUGCUCAAGGUGAUUUUGAUCUCCUCCAUCCCUCUGAAAAUGUGUGCUACCUUAACAACAAGUCAGUACACGGAGCGGGCCGGCGGCUAUGAAGGUCCUGCCUACCGCGGCACGGCCUCCGCGCCCGCUCCACAUUGUCCUCGACUGAAAACAACACCCGAGUAUCUCGACAAGCCCGGCUUGCGUCUCUGCGACUCCGAAAAAAUCCGGGGCCCAACGAGGCUAUCUUCGCCGACUUCGCCGGUCGGUGCUAGGGCCGCCGUACAGUCCAUCCUCAACGCCGAUUUGGUCGCCUGGGGCCUUAAACUUUAUGAGUACCACCUACCAGUGUCGGAAUAUGUCAUGGGCUGGAAAAGGCGACAACGAAAAGGGCUUGAUUCUGGAGUUGUCGAACGGAAGAGGAGAAACGAAAACCAGGGCAGCCUAAAUAUCUGGAAGGGAAUGCCGGGGAAUGGGCGGCCCAGAGCACGGAAUUCCAACAGGAUAUCAUCGAAGAUGAUAGACAUGCUAUUUGGUGUGGUUGGCGUUUUCUCCCGCACAGUUACCUCUAUCCAGGGGCAUUCGUGGACUCUGUCCAACAUUUUGUCUAACCGUACUUAG